CAAGAAAAAAAUCAUAGAAAAGGUAAAAAUUUGUCAACAGUGCUCGUGAUUUACAUUAAAUCGCUAUUAUUUUGCAACAAUCAUUGGUGAAAGAGUUAUCAUCGUACUGAAUAAGUUGCUUUUGCAGUAAAAGUACUCUUAUCUAGUUUAAGACAAUGGCUGGAAACGUAGUGCGGAUGUCUCAACCUGGGACACCAGCCACAACACAGCCAAGCUACAUGAAGGUGUUCAUUCAGCGAGAUUAUAGCGAAGGCACAUCCGUAAAGUUUCAAACCAGGUUUCCUCCGGAGCUAGAAAGUCGGAUCGAUCGACACACCUUCGAGAGUACGAUGAACAAACUGAAUGAGUAUUUCAUUGAAGCAGAAAAAGGUUCCUGCAGUACGUACUGUGAAGGAUGUUUGGCUUGUAUUACAGCUUAUUUGAUCUACAUUUGCACCGAAACGCACUACGAAAAGUGUUUACGCAAAGUGUCCAAAUACAUUGCGAUGCAGAAUGAGCGUGUCUAUAAUCCAAAAGGACUGCAAAUAACUGAUCCGGUCUGUCGUGGACUGCGAGUCAUAGAGAUCUCAAUUUUAGAUCGGCCCGGGCGUACGUGACUGCCGCUUUCGCAUUCCACUGAGGAAUUCUUUAUGUAAUAAAGGAGAAAACUGAACAACAUUGACAAGCAAACACCCGACAAAGUUAGCAGUGUUAAUAAUAACUGACGUGGACUAAUGUUUGGUAGAAUUGUAGGACUAUCGCGUAGAAUAUUAUGUGACACAUAUUAUAAAUAUGCGUAUAGAAGAAGAAACAUUUUCGAUUUGCGGCAACCUAUAUUCGAUUGCUGUUCGAUGAAGAAGGUUCCCAAUAAGUCAAAACAAUGUCGAUUUAGUUUAGCACAUUUAAAAAAGCAUUGUUAAUAAACCUUCAUUAUAAGGGCAUUAUAUCGAGGCUUGAAACGAUACAAGAUUUGUUCUAUGGUUAACCAAACAAUGCAUGAAAUAUUAAAAUAAAAAACUAAGCUACUACAAGAGAAAUAAUUUGAUGUAGAAGAUUAUCAUAGUGCAUAGCAAAAAAAGGUGACAUAAUGACAACUGGAAAUAACCACAAAGCUUUGGAUAUACCUUCUACGAAUAUAGUAGGUGUGAAAACAUGAGCUCACCUCAACUCUUCUAUUGUAAACAUUUUAAUUAUCGUUUUGAAUGUGUCCUGCAAAUUAAACUCUCUAACAAUCUAGAUUCGCAUAGAAUAUGUGUACUAAAGCUGUUCGUGGCUAGCGUUGUGUUAUGAAUGUUUAUUUUCUUCGAAAAAAAAGUAUUGAAAAUUCUGCCAUUGGAGUUUCGCAUCAUUUAGGUUAAACUAUUUCACAAUAAUCUUCCGAGAAAUACAGAAAAGAAUGUAACGCAUAGCUCAGUGUUUUCAGAAUAACAAAACUGCUCGUUCUUGACAUCGUGGGAAAGGUAUUAAAUCAAAACAAAUAAAAAUAUAUUUAUUACGAAAA